AUGUACCAGGCCGAGCCCAACGAGGAGGGAGACGCCUGCACGGUCCUGGCGGCGGGCAAGCUCAAGACAAAGCGCGACGAGGUCGGCAAGAACCUGGGGCCCAUGGUCGAGACGCUGCUCGCGGAAGAGGAGCGGCGGAAGGACUCGAGCAUGCCCAUCUGCUGCUGCUUCACGCUGGACAAGGUGGGCCAGUACGAGUUCGGCCCGUUCCGCUGCGCGACGGUGGGCUACCAUCUUUGCAACUUCUGCCCCUGCGCGCGGUCCAUGGCCGGCCACGGGCAGCCCGGCGGCUGCCGACGGUGUCGCGAGGCCGGAACCGAGGCGACCUGCACGCACUGGGACAUGGCGACGCCCGCGACGAAGCAGUACUUCGAGGACCGCGAGAAGGCCUUGGCGGAGCGCGUGGGCACGCUGCCGGACGAGGUCCUGCCGUUCUGGCGGAACAAGGCCGAGGCGACGGAGAUCGCGCGGAAGCUCAAGAUCAAGCUCAAGAGCGGCGCGAAGCUCGAGACCAUCGAGUCGGCGAUCCGCGGCAAAUGCGACUGCCUCACGGUGCGUGGCGCCGACGUGCCGUCGAACAAGCGCCACGUGAACCGCGCGCCGGACACGGCCGUGCUCCGAGACGCGCGUCGAUGGGCGAAGGCGUCGGGCCGGGAGGAGCCGCCGAAGCCUACGACGCCCGAGGCCUGGAAGCAGCUCCGUGACGCCCACCGUGUGCUCCUCGGCGACGCGGAGCGCCUGCUACACGUGCGCCAGGUCCUGAAAUUCUGGGAGCUCCUGAGCCCGCACGACCGCGGUCGACUCGUCUCGCGCGACGGGCACCUCCUCGACGUGACGAAGAUCAUCGAUUGCGCGCUGCAUCUGACGCUUCGAGUGGUCAUCCACACCCUUUCACUUCUUUACAAGAUGCCUCUCCACGCUCAGAGUGGUCUUCUGGCUGCUGAAAUUGGGUCCAGGCUCGACCGCGCGACCGCGGCCAUCCAGACGGGGCUCGAUUCGGCGUCCUUCGCCCACCGCAAGGCAAAGGGGUCCGACGCGGCGGCGUGGAAGGCCGGCACGACGAAGCUGCGGGUCUUCAGUAUGCCGGCGAAGCGCGCUAAAAAGAUAGUAAGAACAUCCUUAAUAUGCAACUCAAAUCGCCAAAUCAUCACCGUCAAGCACGCCAGCAGCGCCGGCGGCGAGACGACGCGCAUCGUGGACGUCGGCGACGGCACGCCGACGAUCAAUGUGUCGCUGCUCGAGCGUGUCGCGGAGGAGCUUCUUCCGGACGACGCGCGACUCCCGAAGGUCAAACUCUUCCUCCAGGAGCUCAUCUUCGUGCUCCACAUCGUCAACACCAAGUCCUGGGAGACGGACCCGAGCAUGCCCGCGACCUUCCAGGGCCACGCCGACGCCAUGGGCAAGCUCAUGGUCGAGAUCUGGGGGCCCGAGAGCAUCACGCCCUACUUCCACGACAUCAUCGCGGGGCACCUGCGCGACAUGAUGGAGCUCUACGGCCCGCUGUACCGUCACCAGAACGAGGGCCAGGAGCGAUUCAAUGGCCGCCUGACGGGCCGCAAGAAACGCCACUCGCAGAACGGCGGCGCGUGCAACCGCGGCGCCGAGCUCCGCGCGUCGCGCGGUGCGACGGUCGGCAAGUGCGACUCGAUCGGGACCUGGGCCGGCCGCUUCGCGCUCCGGAGCGCCGGCCGCGCCGACAGCGUCCUCGACGCGGCCACGGAGCGCCGGCGCGAGGAGCGCCGCGACGGCGCCGCCGCGCGCGGGGCGCGCCGCCGCGUCGCGCUCGCGGCCCAACGCGCCGCCCGCGCCGAGGUCCACCGCGCGAACCGCCGCGACUCCGAGUCCGACUCCGAGUCCGACGACGAGGACUUCGACGCCGAGCUCGACGACAGCAGCGACGACUUCGAGUCGGAGCCGGAGGACUCCGACUCGCGCAGCUGCUUCGAGAACGAGUGGCGGAACCUCGGGAUCUCCGCCCAGUUGUACCACGACGUGUCGUCGGAGUCGCGGUCCUCGGGCGGCGGCGGCUGCACGCGGACCCUGCGUCUUGUUCGGCUUCCGGCAACCGAGCGGCGGCGUGACCGCGUCGUCCUUCGCGUCGGCCGUCUCGGGCUCCGUGGGCUCCUCCAGGGGCGUCGACCCGUCGAAGACAUCGUGCCCGACGACGGCAUUGAGCGUCCAGGCCACGCACUCGUCCGUGUCGUCGGCCCGUUCGGGAUCCUCGAAUCCGACCUCCGUCGACUCGCUUCCGUCGAGCAGGCUCGCCUUCACGCCCACGUUCCAGAGCGAGCCCAGGGCUCCGGUCACGUCCUCGAGCUGCGCGUCGCUCGUCAGGUUGAUCGUCUGGAUCGUCGUAGAGGCGCCGCGCCGGACGUUCAUGACGUCGUCGGGGCGGAGAUACCACUUUUUGCUCUCUCCGCUCGUCUCCACGCAGUGCGUGAGGGCCGCGCCGCCGUCGUCCGCGCAGCCGACGAGGCGCUUGAUGAUGUCCCAGUCCAUGGCGUCGAUGACGAGCUUCUUGGUCGCGUAGCCGAUGCCCGUCGUACAGGACCGCCACCGCAAAACCUUCGACGUGCGCGAGAGCAGCAGCGUUGGCCGGCCCAUGAGCCGGCCGUGCUCGCCGUCCUCGGGCCUCGCGGCCCAUUUGCCCGCGGGCACGGUCCUCCCGGAGACGCGGUCGAUGACGUAGACGUCCUUCAGGCCGUUGAGCGGCACGCCGAUGUGCUCCGUGGCGUGGGCGACGACGAUGAUGUCCUCGAUGUUCAGCUUCGCGGGCGCCGGCGCCCCAUCCGUCGGCGUCGCGGUCCGCGGAGCCGGCUCGUACUUGCGCACGAGGAUGUAGUCCUCGUCGCGCCUCGCGCGCUGCACGGCGGGCUGGAGGUUCUUGGGGAUGAGCUGGUAGGGCGCGAUGUCCUCGACGCGGCCCAGGACGCCGUCGCGGCACCGCACGCUCUCGCCUCGCAUGAUCAUGUCGCCGAGGUGCGGCACGAGCACGACCUUGCCGCUCCCGCUGUCGCUCGCGCGCCGCUUCGAGGCGGCCUCGCGCGCGCCCGCAGGACGGGACCGCUUCCCCUUCCCCAUGGCGUCGAGGCAGCCCAGCCUAUUACGAGCCGCACCUCAACGGUGGGGCUCCCUCAGCUCUCGGACGAUUGGGUCGUUGUGUAG